AUGAGCUUUGAUGCCGAGGACGACCUCGACGCUGACUUGGCCGCGGAGCUGUCGCGGCGGCAGGCGCCCGACGCCUGGCGGAAGCUGCAGCGCCAGCUGGAGAUGGCCUGGGACAUUCGGAAGAGCCGCGGCAUGCGCGCCAAGUGCAGCUGCUGCGAGGGCUCUGGGGAGAGCGAGUGCCGCUGGUGCCACGGAACUGGCGCCAUGAUGGCCGGCGACACCUUCCUGCGCUCGGCGGAUGGCAGUAGCCACUGCCCAGUCUGCAAGGGCACGGGCCAGGUCGCCUGCGAAAACUGCCGCGGCACCGGCUACCGCGCGCUGUGGCUGGGGGAGAGCGCGUCUCGGGGGGAACCCUGA